GGCCCCUCCCGCCGCUCCCGGUCGGAGCGCGGAGCCGCGGAGCCGCCGGGCGCUGCCGGCCGUGCCCAGCGCUGCCCCCGGGGCAUGCCAGGGCGGCCGGGGGGCUCUGACCGCCCAGCUGCCCCCCCGGGGCUGAGCGCCGGGGACAGCGGGCACGGGGGGCAGCGCGUUCUGCCCUCCCUCGCUCCGUCUCCAUCCCUCCAUCCCUCCAUCCCGGCCGGGGGAGCGAGGUGCGGAGCGCGUCUUGGCGGGGGCUGCCGGCCGGGGAUGAUGCUGGGGGAGCUGCGCCUCGGCACCGCUUUCUCCUCGCCCUCAAUGGAGCCCGCACUUUUUCUACAAUGACUUUCCCCGAGCUGAGCAAUGGCAGCUUGAGUGGGAACCGGACGGGACAAGGCAGCCAGAGCGCUGCCAACCGCUCCUGGGGGCUGCAAGGGGAGGAGACCCCCGAGGGCAACGGCACCACGCUGACUUUCGCCUUGGAUGUGCAGGCGGUGGGCGUGGGGGUCUUUCUGGCCGUCUUCAUCCUCUCGGCCAUCGUGGGGAACAUCCUGGUCAUCCUCUCGGUGGCUUGCAACCGGCACCUGCAGACGGUCACCAACUACUUCAUCGUCAACCUGGCCAUCGCCGACCUGCUGCUCAGCACCACCGUGCUGCCCUUCUCGGCCACCCUGGAGGUGUUGGGCUUCUGGGUGUUCGGGCGCAUCUUCUGCAACAUCUGGGCAGCGGUGGACGUGUUGUGCUGCUCUGCCUCCAUCAUGAGCCUGUGCAUCAUCUCCGUGGACAGGUACAUCGGCGUCAAGUACUCCCUCAAGUACCCCACCAUCAUGACCGAGAGGAAGGCGGGGGUCAUCCUCGUGGUGGUGUGGCUCUCCUCCAUGGUCAUCUCCAUCGGGCCGCUGCUGGGCUGGAAGGAGCCGCCGCCGCCGGACGAGAGCAUCUGCAGCAUCACGGAGGAGCCGGGCUAUGCCCUGUUCUCCUCCCUCUUCUCCUUCUACCUGCCCCUCAUGGUCAUCCUGGUGAUGUACUUCAGGAUUUACGUGGUGGCCAGGCGGACCACCCGGAGCCUGGAGGCAGGGGUCAAGAAGGAGAGGAACAAGUCCAUGGAGGUGGUGCUGCGCAUCCACUGCCGCAGCGUGCUGGAGGAGCCUCUCUCCAGCACCCGGAGCAAGGGGCACAACUUCAGGAGUUCCCUCUCCGUGCGGCUCCUCAAGUUCUCCCGGGAGAAAAAAGCGGCCAAGACUCUCGCCAUCGUCGUGGGUGUUUUCAUCCUCUGCUGGUUCCCCUUCUUCUUCAUCCUGCCUUUUGGUUCUUUCUUCCCCUCCCUGAAGCCCUCGGAAAUCGUCUUCAAGAUCAUCUUCUGGCUGGGAUACUUCAACAGCUGCGUGAACCCCAUCAUCUACCCGUGCUCCAGCAAGGAGUUCAAGCGCGCGUUCAUCCGCCUGCUCAAGUGCCAGUGCCACCGGCGCCGACGGCCCAUCUGGAGGGUCUACGACCACCACUGGAGAGGAGCCUCCAUCAACAGCUCCGUGCAGGACUCAGAGACAGACCUAAGGCCCAGGAUUAACACCCUGAACAGCUCCUUCAUAUUUAACUCCUCCUUCCAGGAGAGAGCCAGUAAGAGGCGAACGCUCAGCUUCAAGGGCUGGAAAAUGCUCACCCCUUUCCAGAAACCAGCAUCCACCCAGCUGAAGGAGAAGAUGAACAGCCUUUCUAACAAAAUCCGGGGUGGCUCCAGCAAAGGGGGGGCCACAGCCACCUACAAGACAGAGGUGGAGUCUGUCUCGAUCGGGAUCCCUCAUGAUUUCACAGAAACCAUUGACUACCAAACCCAUGACUUAACAGACUGCUGUGGGCUGAGAGAAACAGAUAUUUGAAGCCUCUGGGGCAGCUGUCGAUGGUUUCUUUAGAGGUAUCCAGAAGAAACAUGGAGGGAUACCACCUGUGGGUCUGUCAGGCAGGCUGGAAGCAGCAGUCAGGUAUUAAAUGCAGUUGCCCAAAGGUUGUCCAAGCAUCCCCCCUGCGGAGCUCAGCCCCUUCUGUGGGAUUGUGGGUUCCUCCAAUUAGAGCCAAUGGCAUAUCCCAUUCUAACAAGCCACAGCAGGAGGAGAAGGUGUGGAUAUGACCUUAGGGCAAGAGCUGUCUCCUCUGGUGGAUGGUUGGCUUUGGCUUUGGAAGAAGCUGUGCAAAUAAGGGAAACCAGGAUGUCUCCUUUGCCUUAAAAACACCACAGUGAAAUCUAAUGGAAAGAUUGAACCCCAAAAGUUGCCAACCCUGCCUUAGUACAUGUGGUCAUGUCUCCAUCCAGAGGCAGCACCCAGGAAGGACACUGCCAAGCAGUGGCUGGCAGCUGAUCCUUUAUGUGGGUGGGUUGGGAGCUUGGAGGUCCUGAACAGGACAUCCAGACGAGGCCUUGGCUUUGGAGGGAGAGCAGACUGGGGAAUUCCCAAGCAAGGUGGAGGGAUCCCAGCUCUCAGUCAUCAUCUCAGCAGUGGCUACAGCUUUGGCCCUUCCACAUCACCUGGUUUUAGGCCAGAGGAGUAUUCCAGAUGUGUGCACUGUUGCCAGGGGGCAUGCAGGUCUCUCUCCUCUAAUUCCAUUCUGUGAAGCAUUUUGCAUUUCAGUUUCCAGUGAAACACUUGCAACCCACCUUGCUUGAGUGAGCAUCCAUCUGUGGCACUCAGAGAAACCAGCUCCUUUUGGUGUCAGUCAUCCCCAAACCUUCCCGUCCCCUUCUUUGCUCUCGUUUUUCUCAAAAAAACACAAAAAAUGCAUCCCAGGGGCUUCACUCAGGACAACAGGAAAUGGCCUCAAGUUGUGCCAGGGAAGAUUUAGGCUGGAUAUUAGGAAGAAUUUCUUCAUUCAAAGGGUUGUCAGGCACUGGACCAGACUUCCCAGGGCAGUGGUGUAGUCACCAUCCCUGGGAGUGUUCAAAAGACGUGAGAAUGUGGCCCUGGAGGAGAUGGUUUGAUGGUGGUGCUGGGUUGAUGGUUGGAUUCCAUGAUCCGAGAGGACUUUCCCAAACAUAAUGAUUCUGUGAUUCUGUAAUGUGGGUCCUGUGCUUGGCUCAGGAAAAGUGGGAUGGCUGAGUAGGGAAGUUUGCAUUUCUACUGCCCAUAGAGUCCAAGCUGAGGUGGAGCUGAGGUGCAGCUGGAGCUCCCUAAAGCAGAGGGAUCUCCUCCCCAGUCAGGGUCACACUCAGGAUCUUUCUCCCAAGGGACUUCCCACAUGUUUGAUGCAUCAAACCUUUGGUGGCUGUCAGCAAUUGCCUUGGUUGUGUCAAGAGUAAUGACAAUUAAAGUGGGAUUUUUCCCUGCUCACAGUCCCAGAGUGUGAGCACCCCUCAGGAGGGCACCACGGCCUCCUCCAGGAAGCUCAAGGAGCUGAAGCCACGUCAAGCCCACCUUGACCAGGCAGCUCAGGAAAUGGUCACUCAAACUCUACUUGGCCGUGGAUUGCAGGUAUUGGUUUUAAAAUUCAGAGUGGUUUAAUCAAAUUUCAGAUAAUGAGCCCCAAGCAGCGACCAUCAGGUUAAGCCACGAGCGGGAGAGACGUAGGUGAAGGAGGCAGAGGACAGAUCUGAGGUGAAGGGCCUCAAGCCAGGGAACUAAAGAACAGGAAUGGGAAGUCCUGAGGAGUGGAAACAUGGCAGUGAACGUGUCCUGGGUGGAAACACUCCACAUCAGCACUGCCCCUCAAACCCAUGAGGAGCCUUUCAUGGAAGUGCCUGCAGCACAUCCAGCUUAUCCCACUAAGGGUGGCUGCCAAAGGAGGAUUAAAGGCUGCCAGGAGCAGCAAGGAGAAUGUCAUCUUUCUUUCUGAUGUUCUGAUCUGCUUUAAAGGAAAACAGAACAGGAGGGAAGUUGGAAUUUAUUUUUUUUUAAUUUUUUUACUCUUUUGUGCAGUGCAUAUUGAGACAAGAUAUCUGGAGUUGGCCCUGUCUCAACACCCUUUACUUGAUGCAGGACAAACUGGACCAAUUAUUGCACAAAUACCAGCAGAUUUUGUCCAGGUAUUUUCCUCCCAGCAGCAAAUCCCAGCCCUUACACUGAACUCAGACUCACAGCCACCUGCAUGUUUCUCCAGCUCUGUAAAACCAGCCUGAGGUUGCCAUCUCUGCCCUACCAAAGCAGGAGACUUCUCAACACCCCAUGGGAAGUUCUGUGGGGAAAUACUUUUUUUUUUUCCCCUUUUUAUUUGGCUUUGAAGGGAAGUGAGACCUUACAGUGAUGAUGGGGUGGAACAAAAAGUCACUUUUUAGUGUGAGGACUGCAGCUGCCACUGGUUUCCUGGGUGUUUUUGGGAGAAAGGACCAGGGAGAGGACAUCCAUGACCAGACAGACAGACAUACACACUUCACUGUGUUUAUAUAAAUGUGUCAUUCCCAAAAUACCAGGCAUUCUCCUACAAAUGGGCAAACAUCCCUCUAUAAAUGAACGUUUAGCAAAUGCUGGCAAGCAGAGCAUCCCCAUAAAUGAGCUGCUAUUACUCUUCUCCCUGAUCUUUUCAAUAUAUUUUUUCUUUUUUCAAAUAUUUAUAUUUACAGCCUCCAGCACCUUGAAAGCUUUUUGAGAAGGGAAAAAAAAUACUAGUCUGGAGGUUUGCUGCCUCUCCAUCCCAAGUCUCUACAGACCUACAAGGGAGAAAAUAAAGUCUGUUUAAGUACACAUCUCACACACACACAAAUAAAUGCCCAAAUUCUGGCUCAGUUAUUCACUGUAUUUGAUCUGGCCCCAAGAGAUGCCCUGGAAGGUGCUGUAGGAAAGCCUUGAGCUCUGCUGUGCUGCAUUCAGGCAAAAUACUUGGUUUUCACCCCCCUUUCAUUUGGCAUCUUGCAUCAGAAGCAGUGCCAGGACUGGACUCUGAGGCUGCUCAUGUAGAGCUUCAUUUAGAGGAGACAGGGCUGUCUUUGCUGGCGGGGAGGAAGGAAAAUCUUGUAUGAAAUAUGACCUGAGUGUCUGGAAUUGAGCAUUUCUCCUUGAAUCCCUUAAUUUCCAAGCUCUCCCAAGUUUGGAAAAACGGGUUCAGACUUUCAGGAGGUAAAUUCAGUCCAAUCCCACUGAUUCCCCUUGAUCCACAAGGGUGGGACCAGCUGAGGGAAUGGCCCUGUUCCAGAAAAUUUUCCAGGCAGGCCAUUCCCCAAAGCACCUGCACCUCAGUUAUCCAUCAGAUCCCACCUCCUUGCACUGGCUCCGUGUCACAAUUGCAUUCUCAGACCUUGCUGCUUCAAGGAACCAAGGGUUGGGGGUGGGAAAUGAGAUUUUGUGUCUCUGGACUCUCCCAAGUCCAUGAGGGAAGGAAGGUCCCUGUCAGCCUGAGCUGGGCUGCAGCUGGGUUGCAUUACUAUUGUUUACAGUGUGUAUAUAAGUGUACAUUUUCUUUAGCAGAACAUUGGAAUUUUUUAUGUAUAGAUUUUUAUUUUUCAUCCCCAGAUGUAUUUAUUAGCCGGAGUAUUUCUGUUUUGUGUUUCAGGUUCUGCCAGAUUGAUGUAAGCUCUAUGAAACAGAAUGCACAUAUUUUUGUUUGUUUGUACCAAAUACAUGCACAAACCUGUCUAAAA